AUGAUGUCUCGUGGUAUUACAACGAAAGUUUUUCUUCUAAUAUUUUGCGUCUCUCCGGUCAUUUCCACUGACUGCUCAGCUCUCGAUGGUUUCGACGCUUCGAAGUUCUUCAACAGCUUUAAGGAGGGCUAUAUCAAGUUCACAUCACAAGAUAUCGGUCUAACGUGUACAGCGUUUUCGCAAAUUGAGAUGCAAAACGACUUGAAAGUAGCCACGUACAACGUAACUUUCAGAAAAGUUGGCAGAAAGCAAGCAGAAACAAAGAACCAAACCAUUGAAGUGCAGUCUCAACCGGACCAAGUAUUGGUGUUCGAAGGAAACAAUACUGACGCCACAUAUAACAUGACGCUCAUAUACAGCGUACCCGGAAAGUGCGGCAUAUUUCGGGGAAAUGAGAAUACCUCUUAUUGCUCCGUUUACGUAAACAGAGAUGCGAGUGACGCUGACAUCGACAAUUGUGUCGAUUUUCUUCCACGACUCUGCGGAAAUCGCCUCUACAACGGCAGCGAUUUUGACAAGUGCUUAGGUUUGAAGCCUGCUGAGGACCCUGGAUUCAACUCUCCUGCAGAAGACACUUCUCCUAGCACAGCAUGCGUUAUUCUGAUAACCAUGCUGGUCCCUCUCGUACAAAAAUGUCUCCGUUGA